AUGGGCCUGGCCCGCAGGCUACGAGAGGCCUUGACCGCCGACCCCUCCCAGGGCUUUGAGCGUAUAAUAGAGCCUGGUAAUAGGUCUAUACCACUAGAUUUCAGGAUAGACUCCCCUGAAACCGCUAUGCAAUUAGCCUCAGACCCCCUAAGUGGGAUAGGGAAUACCGACCUUUACUCAGACGGUUCUAGGUUAGAUGAUCAGCGCGUAGGCGCUGCAGUAGCUUAUAAGCCACUUAUUGGUCUCUGGAGGUCGCGCCUAGCUCCCCUGGGCGCAGGCUUCGAAGUCUUUGAUGCAGAACUAAUAGGAGUAGUCGAAGCCCUAGAGUGGUGGUGCCACCAGCGGGAAAAACUAUAUGCCGGCUUGGCCGAAGCGGGGGUAAAGGCCCCGCAGGAUAGCGAGCAGUGCCCCGAAGCACGCCUAUUCCAGGACCCAAAGGCCACUACAGCGCUGCUGGCGUUUAUAGGGGCCAUUAGGGAGCGAGAGGAUAACCAACAGGCCUGGGAGCAGGCCUAUAAGACUGAUAAUUGGGGCAUUGAGGCCCUGGAUGAGGGAGAGCGAGAGGGGGAAGGAUAG